AACCUGGCCUCUAUUUAAGAAGGCUCCUUGCGCCACCAUCCUACUCACCACCGCACCACAGACCACACCCGCACCGCGCAGCUCGAUCGCGUCCCCAGCUUCAGCUGAGCUCCAACUCAACUCAAAUUAAUCGCAGAUGGUUUCUUGUGCGCCAGUAGUGGCUUAGCGCAUUAGCGGCGGAGGUUGGUACGAUCAGGUAGGCCGGAGGUGAGGUGCCACAUGUUGAGUGGACAAACGGCGGUUAGUGGCAGCAGCAGCAGCAUCAUCGUCAUCAGCCGCGGCGUCGAGCAGGGGAGCGGGAGCGGGGAGCAGCAGCACCAGCGGCGGCCGAUCGAGGUGGAAGAGGGGGAGGAGCCAGAGUUCAGGGACAUCCACGCGCUGAGCCCGCCCCGCGCGCUGAGCCUGUACCGCCGGAGCCGGCCGGGCAGCAGGGACUCUUGGGGGUCUGCGGCGGGGGCAGGGGGGAGCAGACACACGUCGAUUCGCUCCGUCGGGAGCGACACCGCCCCCAGCGAGCUCUUCCCUACUAUGAGCAGGGAGUUCUCGGCCAUGGUCGCCGCAGCAGCCAGCGCUAACGCCUCGUCCUCCGCCGCGGCGGGCCACAGGGAGAGCGUGGACCGCGUGGCGAACGAGGACGCGCUGGGGAGGAUCGGCGAGGAGGAGCUGGAGGAGACGAACCCGCUCGCCAUCGUGCCGGACAGCAACCCCAUCCCGUCGCCGCGCCGGGGGCUGUCGCCGCGCCCGGUGGAGGUGGCGGCGCCCGGUGCCGGACAUGGACAGGGCGACGAGGUGUCGGUGGGGCAGGUGAAGAAGGACGAGGUGGAGACCAAGAUCGCGGCGUGGCAGAUCGCGGAGGUCGCCAAGGUCAACAACCGCUUCAAGCGCGAGGAGGUCGUCAUCAACGGGUGGGAGGGCGACCAGGUCGAGAAGGCCAGCGCAUGGCUCAACAAGUACGAGAGGAAGCUGGAGGAGAAGCGGGCCAAGGCGAUGGAGAAGGCGCAGAACGAGGUGGCCAGGGCCCGGCGGAAGGCGGAGGACAAGCGUGCGUCGGCGGAGGCCAAGAGGGGCACCAAGGUGGCGCGCGUGCUGGAGCUCGCCAACUUCAUGCGGGCCGUCGGCAGGGCGCCCACCAAGCGCUCCUUCUUCUGAGCUGCCCUGCUUGCUCCUCCUCCUUGAUCAACUUCCCGCCAUUAUUUCGCUUUUUACUCGCCGUCGCCUGAUCGUUCACCGCUUCGCUUCAUAGGAACCUCCUGUGCUCGCUGCUUCGCUGUGUGGAACUCUCGUUUUAGUGUUGUAUCCACAUGUAUGGUGUGUCUUUCUUUCUUCUGCAUUUCUCGUGUUUGAUAUGGAGUAGUACAUAGCAUAAGAAUGGAAGGGUGUGCUCUGCCUGCUGAGUCCAAGUGCAAGAGCUGCCUGUAUUUUGUUUUUGUUUUUGUUUUUGUUUCCGGUCGAGGAUAUUGUGUGUGUGUCAAUAUGAACAAGAUAUGCAGUAAUUUACUGUUCUAUGCA